AUGGCCGCGCCGCCCGCUGUGCUCCGGCGACCGCAGGGGCUGAGCGCGGCCGAGCGCUUCGAAGCGGGAUUCAGCGGCGCGGGGAAUGGAGCUAGAGCGGAGCAAUGCGAGGAAAAACUCAAGUGCCCGCACUGCCCGCUCCGCCAGUCCUGCGCCUGCGCUGGGCGCACAGCUAUGACGUAAAAGAGCAGCCCGAAGGCCCCCUUCAUUGGUCGUCUGCAAUAGUGCCUGAGCAAAAUGGUGGAGGUGAGAGACGGGAUCGACGCUUUUCCAGCUCCUGAGAGUCUCUUAGAAGCUUUGAGUUCUUCCGCAGGGAGGCUUCGCUUCUUUACCCUAUAGCCGUUCGGCGGGGAGCAGGCACUGCUGCGGGCAGCCCAGUGUGCGGAGGUUCUCCCCCGUCCCACGGCCCCUCAGAACUGGGCGGGGCGGUCACGUGGCUGCCAUGGCAACGGGGCCCGCCCGGCCUCUAUGGGGCGGAAGCAGGCGGCGGGGCCGCGGUUGGUGAUGGCUGGUGCCCUGCUGGCGCUGCUCGGCCUCCUCUGGGGCUCGCAGAUGUUAAAAGCAUUUGAUUACUUCUCUUCUUGGAAGGGAGAUGGACAGCAACAGAUGUACAAGCUGGACAUAAGCUGGCCUAAAAUUCCAGAGUACUUCAGUGGCCAGACAUUUUGUGUUGCUGUCGAUUCUCUUCAUGGUUUGGUCUAUGUGGGACAAAGAGGAGAUGAUAUACCAAAGGUGCUCGUAUUCUCAGAGGAAGGCUAUUUUCUUUACUCUUGGAAUGAUACAGUUGAAAUGCCUCAUGGCAUCUUUGUAUUAAACACUGCAACAGAUAGUUCAGUGUGGAUCACAGAUGUUGGAUCAGGGAAAUACGGUCACACUGUGAAACAGUACAGCCCUUCUGGUAAACUUCUGCAGAUGCUGGGCACACCAGGUAAUGCUGGUUCAAGCUUGAAUCCCCUACAGUUUGAUCAACCAGCAGAGGUCUUUGUAGAGGAAAGUGGAGAGAUGUAUAUUGUGGAUGGAGAUGGAGGAAUGAAUAACAGAUUGCUCAAACUUUCCGAAGAUUAUAAAGAGAUAUGGCUGAGUGGAGAAAAUGGAACCGGUAUUGGACAGUUCAAGAUCCCUCACAGUGUGACAGUGGAUCCUUUUGGACGGGUGUGGGUUGCAGACAGAGACAACAGAAGAAUCCAGGUUUUUGAUAAAGUGACAGGGGAAUGGCUGGGGGCUUGGAGCAGCUGUUUUUCAGAAGAUGGGCCCUAUUCUGUCAGAUUCACUGGCAAUUACAAGUAUCUGAUUGUAGCUCACCUGAAUAUCAACCGUUUGGCAAUCUUGGCAGCACCACCAGUUGGCGAAAUUGGGGACUGUACUAUAGUCAGCACAAUCCAGCUGGCAGAUGAAACCAAGCCACACCUUGUAGAUGUAGACGUGAAGAGUGGAGCAAUCUAUAUUGCAGAAAUUGGAGCCCAGCAAGUGCAAAAAUUUGUACCCUUAAGCUGAUGGUUUCCCAGAACUACCAUGACACAGGCUGUAUGACGUGUAAGACCUAUGAUAGCAUUUCCUUGAGUUUUCUGUAGCUUGUGUUUCCUUAGACAAGCACAGAACAUUGUGCACAGAACUCUAGGAAGAAGAAUUUGUCCUUGCUGCAGUCCUGGAGAAGGACUUGGUCUUCAGCUGUUAAUCAUUUUAGUAAUGCAAUGAUGGCUUUUCCUUUUGUUGCUGGAAACUGGAAAAUAAGUGUCUUUAUUUUAUAAAAUGUUGUAAACACUGAAAAAUUUAUUAAUCAGUGUAUAGAGCUUCAUGUAGGGGCUCAAAUACUUGGCCUAUGUGUACGCUGUUAAAUGAAGGCCAGAACUGAUCUGAGGGAAGUAUAUAAAUGACUGAUUUUUCUGUUAGUCAAACACCUCAUUUUAACAUUUCCUCAGUUGGGUUUUUUUGGAUCUUUGUGCUGAAGCUGCCCAACUCUGAAUACAGAGAUGCAUUAUGGUGUUCAAUAAGAUGCGGUUGGAUACUGGUGUCAGUGCUGACACUGGCAUCUGCCUUGAGUAGCUAAUAAUAUCUGCAGUGAAAUCAAAGUUUUCACUUUCAGCUGAGGCAGUCAAGCCUGUAAUAGGCUACAGUUAAAAUGACAUCAGGCAUGUCAAACUAAAUUAAAAGUAUGUGCACAGCAGCCAAAUACUAAUUCUUAACUAUGUCUGUUCUUAAUCUAAUUUGAUUUAUUAUCAGGAUGAGUUUUCUGUGCAAUGAGAUUUCACAGUGGAACAUAUUGAAGUUCAACUCAUUUAAGUUCCUCAUGGUAAAGAAAUCAGAACUUGCUACAAAACUCUUAAACAGCAUUAGGGGCCUGGGAGAGGUGAUUGCCAACUGAUGUUAUUGAAGCUCAGUCAGUUAGCAGUUGUUUUGAUUUGGGAUAUUUUUCUUCUCUGUUUUACAUUCUGCACUUAGACUUUCACUGCCCAAAGAGACAACUCCAUUAAUGUCUAGAUUUUCUUCCUUUUCAAUGACUUACCCUAUAUCUUAACAGAUGUCUCCAAGCUGUUCUGAAGAAAAAAAAAAAAAAAGGCACUUUUCAGCGUACUGCAAAGGCACAGUAGUUUCUUCACAUACAAUUCAGAAUCCAAACUGUGUAAUUAUUUUACUUUUCUGAAUAUGAACACCAGUAUAGUACUUCUCUUUCCAUUCCCAGUCCGGAGUGGUUCCAUUUUCCUUACAUGUUGCUGUGAGAUGUUAUAUUAGUUCACUUUACAGCAUAGAGGGAAACGGGUACAGUAAGGGAAUUGGGAAAAAGGCUUUGGCAGCCUUAGAGUGAGCCACCAAGUACCUCUCUAAAGCCGUGGUCCCACAUUCCAUGCUUAUCUACUAGGUUUUUAAGACAUUUGGGAGGAUUUCUCCUGUCUCCCCACAGUAGAAUCCAUGGAAUUAAUUUAAUGCUAGUCACCACCUAAUAAAGCAAUUCUUGUUUCUACUUCCUUGGGAAAGAAUAAGGGAAAUGUAUUAAUUCUGAAGAUAUCCAUGUUGGUGAAUGUCAUUUAAAGCAUAUGCAUCUUAAUUUGUCAGGUUUCAAUCUAAGAUCUGGGUCAGCAGAUGGGAAAAUUGUCCAGAAAAGCCAGAUUCAUACAUUUUCUUUAUGAAGCAAUUCAGCUGUGGAGCCUGAUGUCUUCGUUUCAGCACUAUUUGAGAAUAAUGCACUACAUGGGCAUCCCUGCCUAUGGCAGGGAGUUUGGAACAAGAUGCUCUUUAAGGUCCCAUCCAACCCAAGCCAUUCUAUGAUUCUGUGAUAUAAAUGCUUUGCUGUUGGUUGGAUCAACAAUAAUAAAGGCAGAUCUAGCCUGUUUGCCCUCAUGCCAGCCCUAGAACUAGGACUUCAGGGUUAUACACUAGCAAAUACGAUCCAUCGUUCGUAUGGCAUUGAAUUUCAGCAAAUAAGCAAUGUUUAUUAGCUGAAAAGGUAGCAGUUCUUCCUCUAGACCUCAGCAGACAGGUCCACAUAGCUUUGAAGUGUGUUGUGUGGAUUUUCUAACUAGGUCACCACUAGCUCAGGGAUUUCUGCUCUUUGUGCAAUUUAGCUAUUUCUCUCCUAUGGAAGGUGAAAUUAUCUUUAAAAACAUUAAUAUGAUUAACUAUAUUUGAGCAUAUCUUGAUGCUGUAAGGGGUCCAAGCACGUUGAUUCUUCCUCAUACCAUCUCAUCCUUAUUUAUUUUCUCUUUGUUACAUCCAUUUGAAGCAAAACUAUAAGCCUUCCGGGAACAGUCUUCUGCGUUCUGUGGAGGAGUUGUGCGCUUCUAGAUGUUGACAAAUAAGAUAGUUACAUGCAUUUCUGCUUGCAAUGUGGAUGUUUUUAUGUGGGCUUUUGCAGCACCUAGAAAUGGGGAGCAUUCAUCCCGUUUUGUCUGAAUUUACUGAAGUAGGCCAUGAUGCCAAAAUAAGCCUUACAUUUGGAGAUUGGGUAUCUGUGAUAAGAAGGGAUGUAAAUAGCAUGAGAUUCUCAGACUCCUUUUCCACUUUUGUGUCUGUGGCCAAACUAAGAAAAUGAUACAGAUUUAUGCACUUUCUUAUUCUGUGAGGGUUUUCUUCUGUAUCAUCUUGAAACUGAUCUCUGAAAAAUUGCAUAACGGGAUAAUUUGGUAAAAUAAAUUGUGAAUUUACCAUUGAGAAAGGUUUGGGCUCUUUAUUUCUUUAUUAAUGUCAAUACAUUUCAUGGCAGUGGAUUACUCAGCUCAUCUAAAUAUGGAGUCCCCAGCACGUGAAUGUUGGUAUCAGAAAUAAUUAAAUACCUUAUUGAAAUGGAAUCUAACAUUUCAUGUUGUCUUUAUACAUUACCAUUUUGGCAGCCUGUCUAUUUCAUGCUCUAACUCAUGUAUUAAAAGAAAAAAGCACACAGAUGUUUCCAGAUGUUUUCAUUUGAGCAAUUAGAAAAUAGGAUGGUGACGUAUGUAAGUGCAAAGCAUUAAAAAAAAAAACAAAUUGUAUACCCUUUUUAUUCUAAUAGGGAAAUGAAACUAA